UCAAGAAAAAUAAAACGCUGUUAUUCGCUUCAGCUGGCGCAGAUGGAAUAAUAUUUUGUACAACUUAACUAAAAAUCUAUGCCGAAAACCGAAACUAGGUACCGUAAACCAUUGCUGUUUUCAAAGUACCACGAUGUUUCGACGGCGUAAAGCCCGAGAAUUGACUGAACAAUACGACUCUGUUCUUUUUCCAGAGAAUGAAAGUGAUUCAGACGAAUCAAGUAUCGAAGACAAUGAAGAUAUUACACUGAGCAAAAGAAGAGUACCUCAAGAUGAUGAUGAGGAAGAUGAGGAGGUGGUAUUAGAGGAGGAGGGGGAAGAAGAUGAUGAUGAAGUUCCUGAGGCUGUUUCAUUUUCCUCCGGUCGCGAGGCAGCACUGCAGCAGAUGAAGACGGCUCUUCAGCAAAUUGGACAGAACAAACAGAAAUUAAAAGAUAAACGGCGACAGAUAGAUGAACAGUUUAAAAUUCAAAAGCAAAAGAAACUAGAAGCUCUUGCCAAAAAAAGAUUGUCCGAAGAUUUUUUUGAUGAUCUCCCAGAUUCUGUACCAAAAUCAAAUGUUCUGAAGAGAAAGGCAGCCAAGGAAGAAGAGAGCAAACAAGAAAAAAAUUCAGAAGAUGAAGAAAGCUUUGCAGAUACUGAAGAGGACUUUGAUGUUGGUGAUGAUUUUAUCCCCCUGGACAACAGAUUGGGAGGAGUUUGUGUAGAAAAAAUUAAAGAGACCAAGAAAAAAGUGUUGUCAUCAAUAGAGAAGGCCAAGCUAUUUAAACAGCAGAGAUUGUAUGGAGGGAAAAUCCCAAGAAUGACUAGUAAGUCUUUUUAUGGAUAUUUGGAAUUUGACGUCACUGAGGUUGUGAUCGUCUUCAAUGAGGAUAUCAGCUUUAAACACAAACAAGGCAAAGAUAACCACACGUACAAGACAACAAUUAAUCCAGAAAUUUCCUGGAAGCUUCAGCAGGUCCAAGAUGCCACAAAUUUCUUGUACAGUGCCAUUAACACUAUAGAAGAACAGGAGGAAAGGCAAGGUUACACAUCCUGUACACAGGUUACACUUCUUUUGGAUAAAGUGAUUGACAGCCUUAACCAGGGUCGUUCAGCCUUGGCCUUCCCGAAAAGAAAAUCCUUAGAAGAUCUGGUGUAUAACCGAAAUAUGGUUGAGUGCUCUGUUCAGUGGUUGAACGAGGCACUGAUGUUGUUUACCUUAGCCUUACAACGAUGUCAACAACUCAAAGAUAAGGUGACCCUUCUUGAGCAGAUUGGCAGCUCGGCCCAAGGAGAAGCCAUUGACUAUGACACAGCGGUGCAGACGUGUUACUUGGAUGGAGAGCUGGUCAAUAGAGACCCCGGCAUCUUGGAGCUUGGGCAGAGUUACUGGGUCAGCGGAAAACGUGUAGAACUUGGAUGUCCCCACACAGGGCAUUGUUCACGUUUGGAGAUUGGAAAAACUCUUAGAUCGCUCUCACAGAGCUUGGAUUUCAUCUGUGUCAAACGUUCGCAAUCUAGUAGUUUGACUAGAAUGGCGGUGCAGUGUGCAGACGGCUAUGACGUCGCUUCCAUUACGUCGUAUCAGGACAUCAAUGAACUGUACAACCGGUCCCUGUUUCCAACCAACAGAACCAUGAUCAUCAGGAACUUCAACAGACCAGGGUUCCUAACAAAAUGCAAGACUGUGGUUCGUACCGAUACUGGAGUUAAUUUUAGCUACCGUGAUUGUAGGAGCUUGCUGCCCUCCAUUUGUAACAACACAUCAGAUCUAAGCGACCUGUUGACAACCCUGACCAUCACAGAAUACAAGGUCCAGACAACAACAGACGACAGAGCGCCAGUGUUCCGCGACCUGUCCAUCUCCGAUCCGCCCACCUCUGAUCACGUGACACAGCUUGAAUCCACAAGUCGCUCUCUGCCUGAAAUAGAGGAACUGCCAUGGAAACCGGACAAAAAUGAGAUCUCCGUGUUUGGUCUUGGGCUGAGUGCCGUCCAUAUUCUGUCCAUUGGGGCUGCACUGGUGCUCUCAUUCCUAGUCUUACUGGUCAUAAUAUGCGUGCUGGUUAAAAGAAAUCGACGUCACAGAAAAGCGAGAGACAACCCUCCAAGUGUCAAAGAAAACGAGAAUGAUUAUGCAUCCUGGUUUUCUAGCAAAGAACAACUGACUGAGGGGUCAAAAGGCAGCGGUAACGAGGAAUCUCACUAUAUGACGAUACCUGCCGAUAUGGAGUACCAACCACUGAAUGUAAUUCCCGCCCCCGAGAGUCACGUGUACUCCUCAGUGGCGCCAUCUGCCGGGAGGACGCGCGUGUUCGGCAGAGUAGCCCCUUUAGUGUCUUCUCACCGAUGACAAAAAGGACAGGGUAGAUUUAAAAAAAAACGAGAAGAAAGAUUAUAUACAUGUAGGCGGCUAAAUGCAAACACCCUCUUGCAACUGUUUAAUCGGUGACGCCUUGAUCACCACUAAGGACAGAAGGUUACGUGAUGUGUCGAUCUCUGUAUUCAAAUGAAUAUCAUCAGAAAUUUAACAGUUCUGUUUUGAAUUGUACAUCGUCAUUAUGAUUGUGUUACUUUGUGUGGUGCACGUGCAAUGAUUCAUGGAUGCUUCCGAUCACGUUAUGCGAGUAGGCACUUGGAAGGUAUUUUCACUUCAUCACGUGUGUGUGUUUAGGGGUUCUGUAAAAGCACGUCAGAUGUGUGUUUAUACAUUGUGUGUUUUACAGGAAAUUUUAUAUUGAGUUCUUACACGAGUAACUGGUAUACAUCUCUUUUAAUAUUUUUUCUCUUUAAAGAAUUCGAUCGUUAU